CCUGGGUCUGCCGUUGGGACCAUGGCGUCUGCUUGCCUGCUCGCUCUGCUGCUGCUGCUCCUGGGAGGCUUCCCCGCCGUCCCCGCCGAGUCGAUUCGAGAGACUGAGGUCAGAGCGCCCCAGGACCUCAUGGAAAGCAGAUACUUCUCUGGAGCCCUCCCUGAUGAUGAAGAUGCUGGGGGCCUGGAGUUUGAGUCCGGCUCUGGAGAACUGGAUGGCUCGGAGGAGACUAGGACCUUCCCUGAAGUGAUUCAGCCCUUGGUGCCUAUAAAUAACCACAUUCCUGAAAGGGGACAGCCUGGGGAUCGUGUCCCCUCAGAACCCAAGGAACUGGAGGAGAAUGAAGUCAUUCCCAAAAGGGUCUCACCCUCCGAAGUGGACAGUGAUAUAUCCAACAAAGUGUCCAUGUCCAGCACUGCUCAGGACGGCAACAUUUUUGAGAGAACCGAGGUCCUGGCAGCUCUGAUUGUGGGCGGCGUGGUGGGCAUCCUCUUUGCCGUUUUCCUGAUCCUGCUGCUGGUGUACCGCAUGAAGAAGAAGGAUGAAGGCAGUUAUGACUUGGGCAAGAAACCCAUCUACAAAAAAGCCCCCACCAACGAGUUCUACGCAUGAAGCUUCCCAUGAGUGCUACUUGGACUUAAUGGGGAGGAGGGGAGUCGAAGGAUUGGACGGUGGGCAGUAUAGUAGAGGGAGGGCACCUUGAUGCUGACUCGUCAGUGUCUCCGUCUCCGGUCACCUUCCUGGUGUCAGAAGAGAUCCUCUUCUUCUGUGCUGCCUCACUUGGAUUUGGGGGGUGGGGUGUGUGUGUCUCGGUUGCCCUGGCAGAAAAAAGGGGUUAAAAUAGCCUUUUCUAAAGGCAAGCCUGGGAUUGGGUUGUCCCCCCCCCCAAAUUUCCAGAGUAGAAUCUAGGACCAGUUUAGGGCCUGUACUGACUGAGUGUGCCUCAUCCAUGACUGCCCUUGACUCUGGAAACUGAGCUGGCUGCCUUCCACAUGCUGUAUACCCUGUCCAUCUGUCAGGAGCUAGGACAAGAAGCUAGAAUCCGAUGCACCUUGAUGUGUCCACCCACGAGUGGGUCACACUACAGACUCUCUGUGGUAGACCUAGGCUCUUUCCAGUGACUUUGGGAACUCUUUUUUUUUUUUUUUUAAAUCUGGGGAGGGAGGGGUGAAGUGCUGAAAUGCAUUUGUAGAAGAUUGGUAAAACUAAUUUUUUUAAAAGGGGUUCACGCCUUUGUGCAAGUGUCUGCCUGGGCUAAGAGCGUGGGGUGUGCAGAUGUUCUGUGUGGGACAUUUCCACUGUCCAGCAGAGUUUGUGUGUCAUGGUUUUUAUGUUGUUCUGUUUGUUUUUUGAAAUGAGAGAAGAGUUGGAGAUAAUGAUUUUUAUUAAUUUUUUGUUACUAUUUAUAGCUUCAGACAGGGCUGCUUCUUCAUCUUCCUUUUUAUCUUUUCUGUCCCCCACCAUUUUUAAAAAACACUCUGCCCUCUUGUUGAUGACCUUGGCCCUUUCUGAAGCUGCUUUGUCUAAGAAGUAGCUAUAAUGUUCUAGCAGAUUCCAGAAUAUAACGUAGGGGAUAAGUGGGAUAUUUGAGUAUGUGUUCUUGUAAUAUAUUACCCUUAUUUGGCUCUAGAAGAAUAGAUGAAUAUAUUUUUUUAGGACAUAGAAUGGUAUUACCAGUUUCAUGUCGGCUGGGUGGCUGUGUGAGUGAAGUUUCGUGUGGCUGAGUAGCCUCUUACCCUUCUCUUGCCCUGUUCCUGGUGCCUUCUUGUGAUUGAGCUGGAGUAGUUGAGGGUAGCUGACGCUAACCCUCGCUCUGCCUUCUGCUAGGGGCCCAGCGGCAGGGUUCCUGGGUCUGCUUUCUCCAGGCUCUCUAGAUGAUAGUGACCUCGUGUGGUUGGAUAAAUCAGGUCAGUUCGGACCACACGAUUAGAAAUCCAUUCCUCAGUUGCACUGGCCACAGUUUGAGUGCUCAGCCACCAUCCACUGGGCACACUGCUAAGAGACUUAAGCUGGCUUAGCAGGUCACCACUCAGCUUUGCUUGUCUCCCGGGGCAAGGGAAGGGGACCAGGAGGAGGGCGAGGAGGUUCCAGUGAGUCCUGUUGUCUGGGACUCUCCCUCUUACAGAGUGGCUUAUAAAGUCCAGGGUGUGUGUGGGUUGGGGAGAUCGUGUGGGUUGGGGAGAUCCUUGUUCCCUCAACCAUACCUGUGCCUGUAAGUCCCAUCAGCACCUCCGUGCAGGGUCCCAGCUGGCUGGGUCCUCUUCUAGCCUCGGUGCCUGCACCUUUUCUGUAUCCCCCGCCCCCAUCGUCUGUUACUGAUUUUUUUUUUUUUUGAUAAAAAGAUAAUAAAACCUGGUACUUUCUA